AUGUAUCGAUAUAACAUGGGUUCCAUUCUCGAGCGGACUCCCCAAAAACGAACAAGCCCUCAAGAAAGCCAUCGUAGCAGCAUUGAAUUGCCAAAACUGCCACCUUUAAAUACAAGAAACUCAUUUUUAGAUGAUUCUGAUAACGGAACAGAUAACGUCUCAAUUGGUUGGACGCCAAUCAGUGAUACCCAGCAAUUUCAAAGUCCGAUCCCUCAGACCGUUUCCUUUCCAUCAAAUCAUCAAAUAAGGGGGAACGCUACUAGUUCUUCAGAAUCUACCCCCAGAUCGACGAAGUAUGUCAAGGAAAGACGACCACCACCUCCACCACCACUCCUUCGUUCUACUGAAUCAAUUCACACAGACUCUCCCAUGUCUUCUCCUAGAUCGUGGUCUAGGGAAAGAUCUCCUAACAAGCUACCUUUUGUAGGGGACCCAGAAGAACGGCAUUACAUAGAUGACAUAUCUAAUUAUGCUAGGUUCUCGAAAUCACCGUUCGUUAAAGGCUUCAAUUCACUUUCUUCAAAAUCUCAGACAGAAGGUAGAAAACAGGCACAUGUUUCAGAUGAAGCAAAUCGUCAGUAUCAUGAAAGAGAAAAAGCUUUACCUCCCAUUCCUUCCACAACUACUCUUUUAUUAUCUCCUUUUGAUGAGGAAGACUCAGAGUUUUUCACUAAGCCGCCCCCACCUUUAUCAACAUCUAGAAACAUAAGUGGCCAUAGCCGAGCAUCAGAAACCUUAGAAAGUGUUUAUUCGGAUUCAGAUUAUACUUUUAAUAACUCAAACGCUAGGCAAAGUAGUUUCAACUCCUUAUUGGGAGCUAAACCACUAGAAUUAGCACCAAGCAUUACUGCACCAACACAGCCAUUUUCAAUUCAAUUGAUUGAUGAACACAAGCUUUACCAAUGUGAUAAUGUUUACAGGUUAUCAGCUAUUUAUGAGUGGAUUUUGAAAGUUUAUUUUGAAUGGUUCAAUGAAUGUGUUUUCACGAAGAUUGAUCUUUUCCAAAUAGUCCAGUUACUUUUAGAGUUUCAAAUGCCUGCCAAUUUUGACCAAGAUACGAUAGACUCGAAUGUGGAUAAUAUCAUGGCCUCGCUUAUUGCUCAGAAAGCAGUGAGAUUUGAUGUUAUCAACGACGAAGAAGUAGCCGUAGUGGUGGCUGGUUUAGAUAUUGUUGGUAUUUUCACUGAGCUACUGCCGUGUUAUUCGUUUAUCGACAAUACUUAUGGAACUACCAAUUCCUCGAACUGUUAUUCCAACAUCUGUACAUAUGGGCAAAGCUCUGGUUUUAGAAAGGAAAUAAAACUUUCUGAAAUCAUAAAUAAAUCCGUUGGACUUUGGACGGAAUAUUGGCACUUGACUCCAGAUGAUUUAGCGGAAAUAAACCCUCGUGAAGUACAGAGACAAAGCUUCAUAUUUGACUUAAUUAUCUUAGAAGAGAGAUCCUUGAACAUGGCCACUGCAGCAGUAGAAAUUUAUGGGAAACGAUUCGAUAGAUCAUUACUUCCAGAUGAGCCUGAGUUCAAGUCAUUGGCAUUUGAUAUCUUCGAACCUCUCAUACAGUUACACACAGAAUUUCUUCUGACACCAAUCUUUUGGAAAUUGAAAACAAGAGGCAAGUUUAUUGAUGGUAUUGGAAAAAUUUAUUCAAAAUGGUGUGGUGAAGCCAAAGAUAUAUAUUUAAACUAUGCAAAGGCUAUGGCAACUGUACACGAAAUUAUAAUGUGGGAAAAAAAGAACAAUACGAAGUUUGUAUCCUGGCUCAAAGAAAUCGAUAAUUCUGUUGAAAUUACAAGAUCAAAAAUGUACCAUGAUGUUAUUUUUUUUGGAGGAUUUUUCAAAUCUUUACAAAACAUGCCCGUGACAUUGCGUUCAAUAUUAAAGAAUACAGAUCCUUCCGUGGAGGAUUAUGAAUACCUAAAAAUAGUUAUUAGGGAUGUGGAAAGGUUGAACUUUGAAGUCAACCAGGUACAUGGAUUAGCAAUUGAUCACAGAAAACUGGUAAGAUUUUCGAAACAGUUAGUAUUAAGCACCAAUAGUAGUAAUGCAGCAAGUUAUGUAAACAUUGGCGGUAAUACCACUAUAAAUGGCUGUGAUGCCGUUCAGGAUAAACUGGCUCUUGGUUUAACUUACCCAGAAAGAAAGCUGGUAUUAUCUGGGACAGUUUAUAAAAAGAGGGAAUUAUGGCUGGACCCAACCCCGGUGUAUAUUGCAUUAUUGGAUAAUUGCUUAUUGAUCACAGAAGAAAUAACCAAAGGCGAAGCCCAAAGGUACAAGCUUAUUGAGAGACCUAUUCCCAUCGAUUAUCUAAGUCUUGAGAAAAGGAGAAUUCCAGAAACUAAUAAGCCGUCUAUAGUGAACGACUCUCAGAGAGAACACAGAUCUCCAAUUCAUAAUUUUUCGACACCUAUUAGUUCCAUGAGGCCUUUAUUGAGAACUUCUGGAAAUCACACUUCAACAGGAUAUGUAGACAAGAGAACAAGUAAUACUGAAAUCUCUAAUGCAAAUCCAAACACCGAUAAAUUUUCCUUCAAGAUCAGAAAUACGGCUACAGGUGAAUCUUUCAAGUUCUUCACAGGCAGCGUAGAAGUACUUAACCAAUGGACUGAUGCCAUCAUGGAAUCUUUCAAAAGGAAUGCUGACAAUCAUGAUUUGAAUGCGUUUGAAUUUACAGUAUUAAGCUCUGAGUUUGAAUAUUUCGACAAGGAUGCACCGGUAAAUUUACCUGUGGCUCCUGAAGGAUCAGAAAUUGACGUAGCGCUAAAAGUUUAUGCUGAAAAAGUAAACCAGGAUUUAUGCUCAUGGAGUAAGACAACAAGGAUUUUAUGUUGUGAAGAUGUCAAAUUUGAAGGUAAGGUUUAUUUACUUGUAGCUACUACAAACGGUGUCUUCGUGAAAUGUAGGGAUGAUUACAGUAAUGGCUUUGUCAAAAUACUAGAAUUAAAUGAUGUCAAAAGAAUGGAAGCUAAUGUUAAAUUGGGGCUCUUGUUUGUGUUGGAUAACAGAAAGUUAUGCUAUUUUAAUAUCUCAAUAGUGGUGAGCCAUUAUUUGCUUCAAAAAAACUCAGUAGAUGAAAACUUCACUGUGGGAACAGUAAUCAGAGAUAAGGUAAGAUUUUUCAAGCUUGCUGAUGAUUUCGGCAACUCCAAGCAUUUAUUUUUUGAAAGAAAAGGAAGGAUAGUUAUACUAACACCAGAAUAUGAUCAAUUGACAAAUAAAGUGAAAUAUUUCAAAUUCUAUAAAGAGUAUAAACUUCCGAGUUCAAGUAAUAACAUUCUGAAUAACGAAAUUGAGGAUAUUGCCAUAUUCAGGAAAAGCUUUGCAGUGUGUACAAAGAAAACAGUCAUACUUUAUCAAGAUUCUUUCGAGGAUAACGGAAUAAUCUUACCAUCUUUUCUGAAUGACAAGGAAAUGAUUACACACAUGAGGCAUCCCCAUUUAAACAGUUUACCGUUUAAAAAUGUAAUAGACUCCAAGAAACGGUCCUCCAUAGAAUCGCUUACUGAAGAAGCCAAAAAGGAUAUUGCUACUUGCAAGGCUGUACCUGUGAAUUUAUUCCAAAUAUCACAAUCUAAAUUUUUUGCCUUAGUAUAUGAUGAAGCAGUAGUGAAGAUAAACUGCUACGGUGAGAUGGCUGAUUGGAGAAAGGAUAUUCUUCUACUUGACUUUUGUUGUACUGGUGCAAGCUUCCAUGGCAAUCAUUUGAUUCUUGUUGGUGAUAACUUGAUACAGAUUUAUGACCUAAAAAAUCUCGAACAAAACCUGGGCGAUUUAGUUCCCGUCCAGAUAAUCAAAGGAAAGAAGAUAAAGCUGGCUGGUUCAGAAAGGAGGGAGAAAACAAUUCUUGUUUUAAGUCAUCCUAACAUACUUAAUAGACAACUGUUGGUUGCAUGCAACCCCGUAACCAUGGUAGAUCAUCAAUAA